AAUCAGGCCCGGCGCUAGCCGCUCAGCAAAGGGAUGCAGCGCAGGGAGGCACCAGACUGGAGAGGCGUUCCCCCUGCUCUGCACCCCUGUGCUGAGCUGCUGCUGCUGUCCCUGCUGCUGCUGUUAUACUCUAUGACAUGCAGCGGCGCCGGCAGCACAAAGCCUCCUCUCACCAUAGGCGCCGGCAGCACAAACCCUCCUCUCCCCCAUCCCCUCCCCUGUGUGACAGAUCAGUGGCCGGGCGGGAGCCAAAGGGGGUGGAGAUAGACAGGAAUAAGGGGCGGCGCUAGACUGGACCAGGCUGCAGCAGAUGGAUGAGCUGCUACAGCUCCAGCCAGCCAGACAUCAUUAGUUGGGCCGACUUCAAAUCCCGCCUGAAGGGCAAGAGGUCUGCGGAGUGGAAUGCCUCGAGGGCAACAGGGGGAGGACCAGCUGCCACUGUGGAAUACACAGAUCUGGAGGAGAUAGCGAUGGACUGUGUGAGCUACGAGGAGGGGGUUGGGGUGUCUUAUAUGGACACGGACCUGCCUGAAAUACUCCAUGCACAUGACUUGCUAGGACCAAAAUGUUGGCCGCUGAUCGGGAACUUACAUAUCGUGGAUUUAAGAAAACCGCACAAGACGUAUAUAGAGCUUGCAAAGACCUACGGCUCGGUGUUUAGCGUUCAGAUGGGCACGAAAAAGAUGGUGGUCCUAGCUGGGUAUGAGACCGUAAAAGACGCUCUUGUCAAUCAUGCUGAAGAGUUUGGAGAGAGGGGGAUACCUAAAAUAUUCCAGGACAUGUACAAGGGACUGGGAGUCAGUUUCACACACGGCGAAAACUGGAAAGUAAUGAGAAGAUUUACAAUAACCACAUUACGUGACUUCGGGAUGGGGAAAAGUACGAUUGAAGAUAAGAUUGCCGAAGAAAGUGUCCACCUAAAUGACUAUUUUGCAACCUUUAAAGGAAAGCAAUUUGAUGACCUCAUAAUCUUGAACGCCUCUGUGGCCAAUAUCAUUGUGGCGAUAGUACUGGGACAUCGCUUGAGCUACGAAGACCCACAAUUUAAGAGACUACUAGACUUGGUCAAUGAAAAUAUUCAGCUUUUAGGAACACAGAUGGUUUCGCUAUAUAAUAUUUAUCCAAUCCUGGGAUUCCUCCCCGGCAGUCACAAAACUAUUGUAAAAAAUGUGGAAGAGCUCCUGGAAUUUAUAACACAGACGUUUGUGAAGCAUCUACAGGACUUAGAUGCGAAUGAUCAGAGAAGUUUCAUUGAUGCAUUCCUCGUACGACAAAAAGAGGAGGCAGAGAACUCACAGAGAUAUUUCCACAAUGAUAAUCUAAAAGCAGUGGUUAGAAACCUGUUUUCGGCAGGAAUGGAGACAACAUCAUCAACACUUUCCUGGGGUCUUCUGCUGAUGGUACAAUAUCCAAAAAUCCAAGAAAAGGUCCAAGAUGAGAUCUCCAGAGUUGUUGGAUCCGCACAACCUUUGUACAGCCACCGGGGGCAGAUGCCUUUUACAUACGCAGUCAUACAUGAGAUCCAAAGGUAUGCUGACAUUCUCCCUCUCAGUUUGGGCCAUGAGACAUCUACAGAUGUGACCUUCAAGGGAUAUUCUAUUCCAAAAGGAACCUAUAUAAUCCCAUUACUGUCAUCUGUACUGAGAUACAAGACGCAAUUUGAGAAACCUGAUGAGUUCUACCCAAAUCAUUUCCUUGACGCCAAAGGAAAUUUUAUCAAGAAAGAUGCGUUUAUGCCAUUCUCUGCAGGCCGCAGAGCCUGUGCUGGGGAGAAUCUCGCAAGGAUGGAGCUCUUCAUCUUCUUUACAAGCCUGUUACAGAAAUUCACAUUCCGCUUACCCCCUCGCGUCAGUCAUGUGGAUCUGACCUCUGUAGUUGGAUUUACAAUCAUGCCAAAGAAGCAGAUGAUAUGCGCUGUGCCUCGCUUCUAAAAUCCAUUACAUGUGCACCAAACACUAAGUCACAUGUUUCAUGACAUCAGAUAUAAUGUUACAGUACAAUGACAUCACUGAUCACUGACACUUUACAUCUUCCCCAUCACAUCAAUAGCUGCAUAAUCAUUCCCAUCUAUCUCCGAGAGAAUCGCACCCCAUCCCCUAUGCAAUGCCUGACUCAUUCAUUUCAUAGCAUCUGAAAGAUUUCUUACUUCUACUAGUACUGAUAUUACUAAUGCUGUAUUCUGUGGGGUUUGAUAUAAUUCAACGGCAUGAUCAUUUUGAAAAUGGCCAUAAUGUUGGUAUGUUUGGCAUUCAUCAUGUUUACACAGUUAAAACGUUGACAUGAUUAGAAUGUGGACAAAACAUUCCUGGUGGUCUAGUGGUGACUUACCUGUUUUGGUGGGUUCUCCAGGUCUACAGUAGCUGUCAGAUUAUGAGCACUUUGAGAAUCCCUAACCUUAACCCUCCCCCCUAGUGCAUACCCUUAACCCACCUUUUCUAUAGUCUAACCCUAUACUCCCCUCCAGUACCAUAACCAUAACCCUACUCGACUGUAGCGUAACCCUCACCCUCCCCUCCUGCAGCCUAACCCUAGCCCUUCACUCCCAUCACCUAGCCCUAACCUCCCUUCCUGCAGCCUAACCCUCUCCUCCCCUACUGUAGCCUAACUGUAUCCCUCUGUUGCCACAGUCUAGCCCUAACCCUCUCCACGUAUAGCCCAAACCUAACUCUUUCCUCCUAUAGCCUAACCUUAACUCUCCCCUCCCGUAGCCUAACCUUAACUCUCCCCUCCCCUCCCGUACCAUAACCCUAACCCUACUCUACUGUAGCCUAACCCUCUACUCCCCUACUGUAGCUAAUUGUAUCCCUCUGUUGCCACAGCCUAGCCCUAAUCCUCCCCACCUAUAGCCUAAACCUAACGCUCUUCUCCUAGAGCCUAACCAUAACCCUCCCGUCCCGUAGCCUAACCCUCCCUUCCUAUAGCCCAACUUUAUUCCUCUGCUGCGGCAGUCUAACCCUAACCCUUCCUUUGUAUAGCAUAACUGUAACCCUCCCCUCCCAUAGCCUAACCCUAGCCCUCUCCUCCCAUAGCCAAGCCCUAACCUCCCCUCCUGCAGCCUAAACCUAACCUUCUGCUCCUAAGGCCUAACAUUAACACUCUCCUCCCAUAGCCUAGCCUGCCCCUCCCAUAGCCUAACCCUAUCCCUCUGCUUGAGCAGUAUAAACCUAACCCUCCUUUUCCAUAGCCUAACCUUAACCCUCCCCUCCCAUAGCCUAGCCUUCCCCUCCCAUAGCCUAACCCUAUCCCUCUGCUGCAGCAGGCUAAACCUAACCCUCCCUUUCUAUAGCCUAACCUUAACCCACCCCUCCCAUAGCCUAGCCUUCCCCUUCCAUAGCCUAACCCCUAUCACUCUGUUGCAGAAGUCUAACCCUAACCUCCCUUUCAAGAGCCUAACCCUAACCCUCUGCUGCCGCAGCCUAACCCUAGCCCUUUGGUCUAUGCAAAAUGUUGACUUUUCACAUGUCGACAAUCUGGAAAUGUGGUUAUGUUGCUUGUCGAGAUUUCAACAAAGUCAACAUCAUAACUGUCAACAUUUUGGGGGUUAUUCAGAGAUGAACACAGAUCGCUGCAUACGCAGCCAGAUCUGCGUUCAUCUCCUCAAAUGCUACAGGACGCCCAGCACAGGGCAAGGCUACCUAGCAUAUGUGAUGCCGCCUCCCGAUGCAGCUGCAAUUAGAUUGUGGACUCAUCGGAACUAAGGUUGACCCCUGGCUGCAAUGUCAGUCGGUUUGCUGCCAUUGUUUGAUUGGAGCGGCUGCGUGUGACAUCACACAGCUGCCCCAAAAACAGCCUGCCCUUGUUCGCCCCGCACCACCCCCGAACACUGCAUCGCCGUCCUGCAAACGCCUGUCUUUGUUAAAAACAUUGCGGGGAUGAGACCGCAAUGUGUCUGGCCACGCAGCUACAAUGCAGCUGCUGUACAUGCGCAGUUUGCCGCCAUUAGCAAACUGCGCUGCGGGCGGCUGAUGUAGCCGGGCCUGGAUGACCCCCUUUGUCUGCAUCCCAUUCUGUGUUAUCAGUGACAUCAUGUGAGGGACAUACUGUAUUACUCUACGUUGCCAUCCCAAAUUUUUCUAAGGCUUAUGUGUACUUGCAAUGUGUACACUACUUGCAAUAUGAUUGCAACGUUAACUAAGAUAUUGUGUACACAAUGAAUAUAAACGAACCAAUAUAAAUAAAAUAAAUAAGUAGUAUAAAAUAAAUAAAAAUAUAAAAAAAUUAAUUGAAUAAUCGGAGUAUCCGGCGCUCGUGCGUGUGGAUAUUCGGGUGCGUUUGGGCAGCAACUUGUUAUUGGAGUACCUCUAGAAACUCCACAUCAAUAACAGUGAUAUAAGAAAUUUCACAAGUGCGCUUGUUACAAAUGUAUGGUCAGUUGUGGUGCUGACCGUAAAUAAACAAUACCAAUAUACAAUAA